AUGCCAGUGCCAACUCAUCUCAUUGUCGACCUCUCGAAUCACUGCUCGCUGACGUUCAGGCUGGACUCCCCUCCACACCGGCCACCUAGGACUCAUGGCACUGGUGUUCGCAUCAAAGCGGGAGGUGCAGUAUUCCAGGAGUUCGCACUGGAGAUAGUCAAUGAAAGAGUACAGUCAGACAUGCGCGCACUGAAGCCAGUGAUGCACUCGCCUCAGGGGGAGCUGUCUGAAUGCUCUCUGUUGGAUAUCAGAUGGGAGGAGAUGAUCACGCAGGUGAAGGGUGCCGCACCAACUCUAUGGACGCUGCUGCAAGGGGUCACUUACACGGUGAAGCAGGAGAGGCGGAAUAAACACAAAAGUCCAGAUGCGUCCAUUCUCACUAUGAUAUCAAUAGCUUGUUUCUCUCACUCGCACAACCUCUGCAAGCUGCCGAAGCUCUUGACUGUCUACUUCAAGAGUUGUGGUCUGGCGACGAAAGCCUUCAACACGCUACACGCUCUCGGUGUCUGUAUGAGCCAGAAAUGGGUGUAUGCUGGUAUCAACGCUCUUGCUGAAGCCUCCCACAUUGUGCUCCUCGAGGAUAUCCAUAAAUACCCAUGGUUCGGAUGUCAUGACAAUCUUAACAUCCCAUUCAAAGUCUACGAGCAGCGUCUAGGAAAUCAAAGCCACUUUGACAGUGGCACGGCUGGUACUAUAUUCGUCAUCAAAAGUCCUGACUCUAUUGCUCCCAACAAUCAGGCAUUACAGGCACAGCUGGCCAUUGGGAGCAAGAAAACAAUCACAUACAUGAACGUACUGGGCCUCAAAUUUUCUGCUAGUUCACGCAUCCAUGCUCAUGCUGUCUUUCACAUUCUCUCCAUUCUUGUGCAUGCUCCCAAAUUUGACCUCGAGUCCUAUGACCAAAGUGAUGACCCCAUCUUCAAACCUCCACCUCCCAUCUAUCAACUACCUACUGGCCCCAAGCAUGCAACUUGCCAGUACAUGCUGAAUACGGUGCACAUUGAAGAGGCAUCAUAUGAAGGGAACGAUAAGCUCAUGGCUGAAUGGUUUCGGCAGCUGAAGCUCAACACUCCAGAGGAACAAAGGAAGACUGGGCUUAAGCAUGUCCUUCUCUGGGCUGGUGACCAACUGACUAUAUCCCAUCUCCGCGGUCUGCAGAACUUCCGUGCAGAAGAUCUGAACUCAUUCGAGCGCAUGGAGUACUUGGUCAAGCAACCGGGCUGGCUGCAUGCGCUGAUGGCUCUCGAGAAGUCAUAUCAUUCCCAGUACUAUGGUACUCGUGCAGGACAUGGGUUAAUACAGGUGUUCGAGCUAUUGAAGCGCAAGGGACUUCAUUCGCCAUCCGUCAAGGGCAUUUUCCAUCAUAGCAUACAAGAGGGACUCACGAUCAUUGCAGAAGCACACAUCCGGAACCUGUGGUGUCUUACCGGCAAGAUCGAGUCUCUCAAGGACUUGCGCUCCCGAUCAUCCCAAAAGCUACUUGAACUAGUGUCGUACAUUCUGGACAAGUUUGCGUCAACCGCGGCACUGCAAAAUCUUGCUGAUCGGCCUCGUGACAACCAAGACGAUGUUCUGUAUCACGCAAUCAUGUUCAAUCGCGAUAUUCUAGAUUAUCUUGACCUCACAGAUGCUAUACAGUCCGGCGAUGUUGGCCGGAUGGAGGAUCAACUACCCCGCAUGCUCUUUCGAUUUAUUGGCAGCCGGAGUUCAAAUUAUGCGAUAGAGGUACUGGAGCUUCUACAGUCCCUACAUCGAGAGUGGCCAGAUGACCUAAAAUACUUGUCCACAAAUCUUCAGGAGUCGAUGCUCAAGUUGAAGGCAAUCGGCACUGCAUGCCUAUGUGUAGCUGCCACCAUUGAUUCACUCAUAUCAGGGAGCCUCUGUUAUUAUCUUCACAGAAAUCAUACUGGUCUUCACCGGUCCGACGAUGUUAUUGGCAAACUUAUGGCUGUAGUUGUUGCGACUGGUCUCCUCACGAUCCUAUUUGUCAUCACUGAUGCUAUUGCAUAUAUCGCUGCUCCUGAGUCUGAAUACAUGUUGUUGUUCAAUAUGAUGCUUGGGAAAUUUGCGGUCUUGGAGGUCCGUGACUACGCAACCGUCUGGUAUAACAAGUGGUACAAUCUCUCUGUUCGCGACUCGGACAUGUCUUCGCGCACUGCACGCAUUGUUUCUGCUAAGUCUCAAACAUUGAAAGCCAAAAGCAAUUCCCAAGGCGUAGAAACGUCUCACCAUUUCUCGAAGGCGAACGCGGGGAAGUCGAAAGCGGUGAGCUCAACAGAGGAAGAGAAAGGUGACGACGCGGUCGACGUGUCGGGCGACGAGGAUGUAUUCUCUCUGCACAGUGACGCACUGGACGAUUCGGACGCGAUGCCAAAGAAGACGCCGAGGAAACGCAAAGCUAAGACGAGCAUGAAGUCCUCUCCGCAAAAGAGCCCGUCGAAGAAGAAGCGGCGACGGGCCAAGGAGAGCGAUGAAGAGGACGACGGAGACAUCGACCUGAAGGAUGGUCAGGAGAUCGUCGGCGUUGUCGUGCAAGCGCCAAAGACUGGGCGCGUUCCACCGGGGCAGAUCUCUCAGAAUACCUUUGACUUUCUCGCGCAGCUUCGGAAGCCCGAGUGUAAUGACCGCGAAUGGUUCAAACUCUAUGAGCCUGUAUACCGCCUGGCCGAGGGCGAAUGGAAGGCAUUCAUCGAAGAGUUCACGCCCCGGCUCAUCGAGUGCGACCCGCAGAUCCCACAUUUACCCCCAAAGGAUGUAAUCCUUAGGAUAUAUCGCGAUAUUCGUUUCAGCAACGACAAAACUCCGUACAAGACAGAAUUCUCCGCGGCCUUUUCGCGGAGUGGACGUAAGGGCAUCUUCGCACAUUACUACGUCGGUAUUGAGCCAGGAGGCAAUAGUCUCCUCGCCGCCGGUGCAUGGUGUCCUGGAAAGAACGAGCUUGCAACUAUCAGGAACAACCUUCUUCGCUCCUCCGCGCGCUUGCGUCGAGUGAUCGCCGCGCCUGAGUUCGUGAAGCUGUUUGGCCCGCCGAAGCCGAACCUAAAGGGAGGGCGCCAGAGCAUCUUCGGGGGAGAUGACGAACUGAAGGUCGCGCCAAAAGGGGUUGAGAAGACGCACAAGGACAUUGAUCUGCUCAAGUGUCGCUCCUUUGCAGUUGUUCAUCACUUCGCGGACUCGCAGGUCCUAGCGCCGGACCUCAUGGAUCAAUUGUGCGGCGUGGUGAAAAUCUUGCAGCCAGGAAGUUUGAAUGAUCUGAUGACGUUGCAAGAUGCGGAUGACGAUGACGAAGAGGGGAGCGGGAACGAGGGAGCGGCUGACGGAGAGGAUGGUGAGGACUGA